CGUCACUGUUUGGGGGGCCCUCUCCUGGUGAUCAAAUCUGGGAGCAGUAACGGUCAUAGCGAGUAGAGGAAGUUCUAUAGCGGUUAUCACAAGAUUCACCUGCUCCAAGAAAAGUCCUCUCAUCAAAACAUGAUUAUUGACUGACAGAUCCGUCAUGUGGGCUGCUGCUGCCUCGAUCGGUAAGUGGGGCGACUGACGGCACAAUGGCGACCUUCUUCAACCAUCGACUAACUUCUUUGGUGAUGCAUCAGACCAUCAGGUUUUCCAAGAGCACUCUGCCUAUAACACCGCCCAUGCGCGUCAGCCCCCGUCGCUUGCCCUCUCUUUCCGUGUUUGCCAGAGGAACCCGUUUGAUCAGCUCAAGCAACAGCAGAAUGGCGCUUCAUCCCAAGCAAGACGACAAGCUCAUAUUCGCCCCCACCGGGACACCAGCACUACUGGAUUCAGGCCCUACACUUCCUCCUGGACAGGCCGCCCAGUUCUUGAAAGCUGAGCGCCAAGGUGGUCUCAAGAGGACUGACGUCGACCCGGAGAGCCCUAUCACACAAUUCCACACAUGGUUCCAGCAAGCCUCGCUUCCCGAGGCCGGUGUUUUUCACCCAGAGACAUGCACAUUAUCCACUGCCCAGCUUCCCUCUGGCCGUGUCUCCUCUCGUGUGGUAUACAUGAAGGAGCUUGAUCACAAGGGAUUUGUCAUUUACAGCAACUUUGGAACCAGCGGUAAGGCUAGGGAUUUGUUUGGCACCGCAGAUGGGAAGAGUACAGGCAAUCCAUGGGCCUCUCUUGUGUUUUGGUGGGAGCCCUUGGAGAGGCAGGUCAGAGUAGAGGGAAGAGCAGAGAGACUUGCGUCAGAGGAAAGUCAAGUCUAUUACGACACCAGAGCAAGAGGUAGUCGCAUUGGUGCGUGGGCUAGUCAGCAGAGUUCAGUGCUGAAGCCCGAUGCGAGCAAGGAGGGUGAUGACGGGCGGUCACAGUUGGAGGGAUGGGUCAAGGAGACAGAGAAGAAGUUCGAGGGUGCCGAGAAAAUUCCAGUUCCUCCAUUCUGGGGCGGCCUCAGAAUUAUUCCAGAGCGAGUGGAGUUCUGGCAGGGGAGGCAGAGCCGGUUGCACGAUCGGUUUGUAUAUGACCUUGUCGAGUGUGAGGAUGGGAGCAAGAAGUGGCAGUUGGAGAGGCUAAGCCCAUAA